UAACUCAAAAGAGUCCAAGUUUAAGACACAAUCCCUUAAACAUAUAUCUCUAUAUUUGUCGUAUACUCUCCACUUUCUCUAUUGUUUUGUCCUUCUUCUACCCUUUGUCAAAUUUCCACCUUUAAACCUUGAUACAAUAAAACCCCUUCACUCUCCUCCUCCUCCCUGCGCCGCCGCAAUGCAAGCUCAAUUACUUUCCCCACCCACCUACCACCCUACCCCCACCACCCCCACCACCACCAUUUUCCCAAAAUGUAGGCCCCACUUCAAGAAACCACCCACCUUCACCAUCAAAGCCACCACCACCACCUCCACACCCCCACCACCCCCACAAACCACCACUCAAAAACUCAACAGAUACAGUAGCCGUAUAACUGAACCAAAAUCCCAAGGUGGGUCACAAGCAAUUCUAUAUGGUGUAGGAUUAACUGAUGAGGAUAUGAGUAAACCCCAGAUAGGAAUUUCUUCAGUUUGGUAUGAAGGAAAUACAUGUAAUAUGCAUUUGUUGAAAUUAGCUGAGGCAGUGAAAGAAGGGGUUCAAGAAGCUAAUAUGGUUGGGUUUAGGUUUAAUACUAUCGGUGUUAGUGAUGCUAUUAGUAUGGGGACACGUGGCAUGUGUUUUAGUUUGCAGUCAAGGGAUUUGAUUGCUGAUAGUAUUGAAACUGUUAUGUCUGCUCAGUGGUAUGAUGGGAAUAUUGCUAUUCCUGGUUGUGACAAAAAUAUGCCAGGCACAAUUAUGGCGAUGGGAAGACUAAACAGGCCAAGUAUCAUGAUAUACGGUGGAACCAUUAAGCCUGGUCAUUUUCAAGGGCACACAUUCGACAUUGUAUCCGCUUUCCAGGUGUAUGGAGAGUAUGUUAGUGGUUCUGUUAGUGAUGAAGAAAGGAUGAAUGUAGUUCGUAAUUCAUGUCCUGGUGCGGGGGCUUGUGGUGGAAUGUAUACAGCAAACACCAUGGCAUCUGCUAUUGAGACAUUGGGCAUGUCACUGCCUUAUAGCUCUUCCACACCAGCUGAAGACCCACUGAAGUUGGAUGAGUGCCGCCUAGCGGGAAAAUAUCUUCUGGAAUUGUUGAAGAUGGACUUGAAACCUCGAGAUAUCAUCACAAAAAAGUCACUUCGAAAUGCAAUGGUGAUGGUCAUGGCGCUUGGUGGAUCAACAAAUGCUGUACUGCAUUUAAUUGCUAUUGCAAGAUCUGUUGGCUUGGAAUUAACUCUAGAUGACUUCCAGAAGGUUAGCGAUGCGGUUCCCUUCCUUGCCGAUCUGAAGCCUAGUGGAAAAUAUGUUAUGGAGGAUGUGCACAAGAUUGGAGGUACACCUGCAGUCAUUCGCCACCUGUUGGAGCUUGGGUAUUUGGACGGGGACUGUAUGACUGUCACGGGAAAGACUCUUGCUGAAAACGCAAAGCUAUUUCCUUCUUUAGCUGAAGGUCAGCAAAUUAUAAGACCAUUGUCCAACCCCAUCAAAGAAACGGGCCACAUUCAGAUAUUAUAUGGAAACCUUGCACCAGACGGUAGCGUAGCAAAGAUCACUGGGAAAGAAGGGAUGUACUUUUCUGGCCCCGCCCUAGUGUUUGAAGGAGAGGAAGCUAUGAUUGCGGCUAUCUCAGAAGACCCUUUGAGAUUUAAGGGAAAAGUUGUUGUCAUUAGAGGAGAGGGACCUAAAGGAGGACCAGGAAUGCCCGAAAUGUUGACACCGACAAGUGCCAUUAUGGGUGCAGGUCUUGGGAAGGAUUGUGCAUUACUUACUGAUGGAAGAUUUUCGGGAGGUUCUCAUGGAUAUGUUGUUGGACAUAUAUGUCCUGAAGCACAGGAAGGAGGUCCAAUCGGUCUUGUUCAAGAUGGAGACAUAAUUACAAUUGACAUUCAGAAGAGGAAAAUGGACGUUCAGUUAUCAGACGAGGAGUUUGAGCAGCGUAGAAAGAAUUGGACUCCUCCUGCAUAUAAAGCCGACCGAGGGGUUCUCUACAAGUAUAUCAGAAAUGUGCAAUCUGCUUCCAAGGGAUGUGUUACUGAUGAAUAGACAAGAGAAUCAGUUUUUAUGAAAGCAUAGAGUGAACCUGGGAGAAGCUUGAUUUGUAGAUUUUGCAUGAAGCUGCAAUUGGGGCAUCUUCGCGGCUCGUAGCAUAUUUAUUAUAGAGGUUUAUCCUUUUUAUGUUUUCAGGUGUAACUCAUAUACAAUGGUUCUUGUUUAGAGGUAGUGAGAGCAUUGUUUUCUUCCGUUCUUUUUCCUACUUUGUCAUUCUGGAUAUCUAGUUGUUCAUUGGUUUUGAUUUAAAUUGUAUAAUGCUUGGUGAAAUAAUAUUGGUAAAGGACAAUCACUUCUACUUUUGGAAAUUCCCAGAAGUUUGAAGUAUCUCUGAGA